AUGACCAUUGCAAGGUCCGAUCUUUCAGACAAUCCUUGUUCUGCAAAAUUUGAUACCCUUUCGAGUAACACUCUCUUUGAUUAUGCUCCUACUGUUUACAAUCUCACUUUACUAUACGGCUGCCAAUUAAACCCUCUGGAUGAUUUUGAUGCUGAUCAAUAUAAUUUUACGUGUGGAAAUGAUAAAUUUGUUUACUAUGCCAACGACUGCUUAAUGGAGACUACAUCUUCAGAGGGAUCUGAGGCUGGAAAAUUUGAUGUUCCUGCGGCUUUGAAACAAGGAUUUGAAGUGGAAUUCAAGUAUAACAGAUCAAUUUGCAAGGGUUGUGAGCAAUCUGAUGGGAAAUGCGGAUCUAACACCACCACCAACCAAUUCGUCUGUUAUUGUCCUAAAAAAGAGUCUAAUGGAGUCUUUUUUCCUCAUGGUGGUGCUGUUGCAAUCAAGAAAAUGACCAACAAUAAUUCACAUGAAGUAGGUCGUGGAGCCUUUGGUGUUGUGUGCAAAGGAAAGUUACAGGAUGGUUCAGAUGUGGUUGUCAAGAUCCUAACCGAACCCAAAGAGAAUGGAGACAAAGAGAAUAGCGACGUGUUUAUCAAUGAGGUAGCAAGCAUCAGUAAAACGGCUCAUGUAAAUGUUAUUAAACUUUUGGAACUUUGCUUACAAAGAUGCAGAAGGGCUCUCAUUUACGAGUACAUGCCCAAAGGAUCACUUGAAAAGUUCAUAUUCAUAAAUCGUUCAAAAACUACUCGUGACUUAGCAUGGGAAAAACUGCUCCAAAUUGCUAUAGAGAUUGCUUGA